AUGUUAGAUACGUUUGACAUCGAAGAAUUUGGACAACGAACUGCAGAGGCAGCAACAAAUCCACGUUCAGUUGUCACCAGCGCACCCGAUAAUCAGCAACAACGUACGGAGAUUCACAAUGCAUAUCCAAGACGUUCAUCACGUCCUCGAAAACCGAUUCAGCGUAUACAAGUGGAUCCAGCAAAGAAUGCAUAUUAUUGA